GAAAUGAAACGUCAAAAGUUGCAGUUUUAAUGCAGAUAAAAAUAAUUCCAAUAAAUUUAUUAUUUAACCAAAGAUGAACAAAUUUCCGAAUCUCAUUAUAUAACGUCAGUAUUAUAAGACUGAAUUUUACCAUUUUAGUUCGCAAAUAAUCACCCCGUAACGAUGAUCAGCAGCACAAACUUCUCCGAAAUCGUCGACUACAAAAACUUCAGGAUCCAAGAAGUAAUGACAGAAAACGUCGAACUCCAACAACUAGUCGACGACGACGUCGACGACGAGUUCAGGAUCCGCGAUCCCCAACCGCACUGCCGCUGCCCCUACUUGGGCCUCCUCCUGGCCACCCUCAGUUCGCUGUUCUUCUCCCUGUGCUCCGUAAUCGUGAAGUGGAUGACCGACGUGCACCCCAUGGCCCUGGCCGCCUACCGCUUCCUCGGAGUCCUCCUGCCGGCCAUCCCGAUAGUGAUAUACCGAGAGGAAAAGGUGUUUCCGAAGGGGAAACGCAUCAUGCUACUCUUGAGAUCAUUCACCGGCACUGUAUCGUUGAUGUUGAGUUUCUACGCUUUCCGCCACAUGCCUCUAGCCGACGCCUCCGUCAUAGUAUUCUCCGUGCCCGUAUUCACCGGCAUAUUCGCUCGAAUGUUCCUGAAAGAACCCUGCGGCUUGUUCAACGUAUUCUCCGUGCUACUCACCCUCAUAGGAGUAGUGUUAAUAACGAGGCCGCCUUUGUUGUUCGGUAACACCGUAAACCCGCUCGGUGAAACUGGCCAGAAGACUGAAAUGUGGGGGGCCGUUGCGGCGUUUUCGGCCACCCUAUUCGGUGCUAACGCUUACGUUCUGUUGAGGGCUUUGAAAGGAAUCCACUUCGCUGUGGUAAUGACGAAUUUCGGAUCGUUCGCUUUCGUCCAGUGUCUUCUAGUUACCGUGUUGUUGGGGGCGCUGUGCCUGCCCCCUUGCGGCUUAGAUAGGUAUCUCAUCGUGGCGCUGGCUGUGUUCAGUUUUCUGGGGCAAAUCCUGCUGACGUUGGCGCUGCAAAUGGAGCAGGCCGGGCCCGUUGCCAUCGCUCGGAGCAGCGAUAUUGUAUUCGCCUUCGUGUGGCAGGUGAUGUUCUUCAACGAGGUACCUAAUAUGUUCUCCGUCGGAGGGGCCGUGUUGGUGUUGAGUUCUGUUCUGUUGAUUGCGCUCAGAAAGUGGGUUCUGGCUUUACCGUACGAUGCUGAUCUGAGGAGGAAGCUGCAUUUUUUGACUAAAUAAUUUUCGUUGAAUUAAGUCGUUCGGGUGUCAUUGCGAGGAAAAUACAGAUAAGUGCAAAUUUGUAUGCAAUUUCGUCUGUGGGUGCAACAAAGAAAACUUUCAAUAAUCGCAUAUAAAAGAAAAAGAAAGGGUGUUAUUGUAGGAUUUCUACUUUCUCACUCUAACCACUGGUAUUUUAAUAACGUUUCUUUGUUCUACUCAUACUUACUAUAUUGCAAACAAAAUUGCACUUACCCAUAUUGUAACAAAUUUACAAAUUUAUAAAUUUUUUCAUGUACCUAUUUAUGAUUCUAGUCAAGUCGUUUUAAGUUAAUUAUUUUAAUCAGUAUUAGCACAUUAUUUAAUUUUACGAAUAUUCCUUUAUUGACUGUUAUAUUUUAUCGGUGUGUUGAAUAAUUUGUAGUAAUUAGAAGCACUAGAUCAAAAAAGUUUAGUUGUAUUAUACCAAAAAUCUCAGAGAAAUGGACCAAAUAAGUGUUGUUAAAUGUUACCUAAUUUAUUUAUUUAUUUAUUUUUAAUGUACUAACUUAAAUAAUGUGAACCCUGAAUGUUUUUGCGUUCGUUAAUUCGUUAAUUUAUUUCCUCUUGUCCGUAAUUACUAUUUAAUAAUAUUGUAUUCCUAAAUAUUAUACCUAUAACCCAAAAUUUAUUAAAAAC